CACCAAUUGCAUCACGUCCUACAAUCCUGGUCUACAUAUCACCGUUGAUGAACAGCUUUUCCCGUCAAAGACUCGCUGCUGUUUCCUGCAGUAAAUUGCAACUAAACCUGCAACUAGCAAGUUUGGGAUCAAGUUUUGGGUGGCUUGCGACCUAAAAUCCAAGUACAUUUGUAAUGUCCUCCCAUAUCUUGGCAAGGACCCUAGUCGUCCCAGUGGAGAGAGACUGUCUGAAAAUGUAGUGAUGACGCUGAUGGAACCAUUCCUAGACAAGGGCAGAAAUGUUAACACGGACAAUUUCUUCACAUCGCUGUCACUUGCACAUAAACUUCUUAGCCGGAAAACCACCAUCCUCGGCACAGUCAACAAGAUUUGCCGGGAAAUCCCUCAAUCCGCUAGACACACAGAUCGCAAUGAAUUCACCACUCAGGUGUUUUCAACCACUGCUGCUACGCUGACGGCGUAUGCGCCCAAACGGAAGAAGACCGUCUACAUUCUUAGCAGCAUGCACAGCGUGAUUCAGACUGAUAAUACCACCAAAAGGAAGCCAAACACUGUCACCCUUUACAACACCACAAAGUGCGGCGUGGAUGUGAUGGACCAGAUGGUGCGGGAGUACACUGUCCGCACAGGGACACGGCGCUGGCCAGUUGCCGUGUUCUAUAACAUGAUUGACAUGGCAGCACUGAAUGCACAUGUGCUGUAUCAAGCAUGCACCGGAAGGCAGGAAAGACGGGUGGACUUCCUGGUGGAGCUUGCAAGAGAGUUGGCUAACUCUCAUAUGGUGGCGAAGAAGGCAAGAAAAGAACAAUUGCUUCGGACACAACCCUCCACACCUAGCCCUGGAAAAAGAGCCAUGUGUCAGGUCAAACACCAAUGCAAGAACAAUCAUGCCACUGUGCGAUGUGUUCACUGCUACAGAUACACAUGUGGUAAAUGCAGACGGGAGAUACCAUGGCAGUGCCAGGAUUGUGAGUGA